CUAAAAGUAACUACCACAACAUUAAGUAUUACACUCACUGUAGUCACAGAUACUGGGUUAAUUAAUCCUCACAACACAGCUGGUAAGCAAUGCAGAAAAGGCCAAUGUGUUAACUAUCCCAGUCGACAGGAUCCAGGUUCUCUGAUUUCACAUCCUCUUUUCUACUACGACAGUGUUUUUCAAACUUCUUACCAUGGCCAAUAGCAAGAUACACGUUUUAUAUCAUAACCCACAUCACACAUCUACACAUACACUCACACAUGUAAUGGAAACAAAUACAGUAAAUACACAAAAAAGCAUUGAACUGCCAAAUUUGUGAUAGAUUUCAAUUCCUGGUGUGACAAGCAUGAACCCACAUUACAUUGUACUUUUAAGCACUGGUGCCUUGAAUGUCUCAUAUCACCAUGCAGUGGUAUCAAUUACUAUUGGUCUCAUUCUUCGAGUACUGAACCUGUGGCAAGGAACCAUUUCCUUUAAGCUGCAUGUUUCCUGUUGGGACAAAAGGUUUGUGCUGCAAUAGUCAGUUUAGGAUUUGGGGCAUAGGCCCAAGGAACAGCAAUGUAUCUUGUUUCUAUGCAUUCAGACUGAUUCUGUUGGAGCUCAGAAUGUCCUGAACUUCCCUAGAUCACAUCAUGAAUUCAAGCAGAGUGGUCUAAGGCCAGCAGAUAGUGUAUGAAAGAAAUGAAGCCAUGUGGUAAGUCAGCAUGGCUGGUUCCUGAGAACCACUCCUCUGUUUUAUUCUUUUCUCUGAUAUAAGAGCAAUAGUGACUUUCCCCUUCCCUAAUCUCUUUUAUAAUAAAAUUUGCUCCAUUGCAUUUCUUAGGCAAACACAAAGAUUUGUUGCCCUUUCUUUUAGACACGCUACAAAAUAAUAAUGUUUGGUAUUGAGACUCAUAUUUUUUCAUGAUUACAAGUAUCAAACGACUUCACUGGAGUUACACCACAGAGAAAAUCUCUGCGUAAUUCACUCUAUGCAAAUGAAUAAACUGACCCUCAGGAAACCCCAUACUGAAAUACGUGUCCUCACUUUGACUUGAAUCCACCAACAAGAGAAAUGACAGUCAUGAAUCCGGGUAAUGCAAGCAUUCCAAAGUUCUUCAUCCUAUUGGGUUUCUCUGACCAUCCCUGGUUGGAAAUGUCACUCUUCACAAUGGUGCUUGUGGCUUACAUCUGCACACUAGUGGGAAACAUCUCCAUUAUUGUUGUGUCCAAGGUGGAUCCUCAUCUUGACAGCCCUAUGUACUUCUUCCUUUCCAACCUCUCCUUUCUGGACUGUUUUACCACAACCACCAUCCCUCAGCUGCUGGUGAACCUCUGGGGCCAAGAUAAGUCCAUCAGCUAUGGAGGCUGUGUGGCCCAGUUCUAUGUGUUUCACUUCCUGGGAGCCACAGAAUGCAUCAUCUUGGCGGUCAUGUCCUUGGAUCGGUACAUAGCCAUCUGCAAGCCCUUGAGGUACCCAGCUAUCAUGCAUCAUAGACUCUGUGUGUCCCUAGUGGCCAUGGCGUGGAUAAGUGGCUUGGCUAACUCCUUGCUUCAGGCAUCCCUCACUGUCCAACUGCCACUUUGUGGUAAUAACAAGGUAGAUGACUUCCUGUGUGAGAUUCCAGUGAUGAUCAAGAUGUCCUGUGUUGACACCACUUUCAAUGUAACUAUGCUCUCUGUCGUGGUGACAUUAUUUACCUUGAUUCCUUUGUCUCUUAUUCUUGUCUCCUAUGGGUUCAUUGUAGCUACAGUGCUCAGAAUUCGUUCAUCAACAGGAAAGAAGAAGACCUUCAACACCUGUGGCUCUCAUGUUAUUGUUGUCUGUCUCUUCUAUGGGCCAGUAAUGUGCAUUUAUGUGCAACCUUUUGGUACUAACUCCCAGGACAAGAACAAACUCAUGGCCCUGUUCUACAGUCUGCUGACUCCUAUGCUUAACCCUUUUAUCUAUACUUUGAAGAACAAGGACAUGAAAAGGGCAAUAAGGAGACUUCUCCUCCCAUUGAGCCAUCAGGGAAGAGAAUAAGCACCACCAUUUUAUACUCCACACUCUCCAUGUAGGACUCCAAAGA